AUGCUUUCCAGAACUGUUAUCCGCACAUCUCGCAUGGCUCCUGUUGCCACCGCUGCCGCUCUGGCCUCUACUCCCCGCAGAAUGUACCACGCCAAGGUCCUAGACCACUACAACAAUCCCCGUAACGUGGGCUCCAUGAACAAGAAUGACACAGAUGUUGGUACCGGUCUUGUUGGUGCACCAGCAUGCGGUGAUGUCAUGAAACUCCAGAUCCGUGUCGAUGACAAUGGUAUCAUUUCUGAUGUCAAGUUUAAGACUUUUGGCUGUGGCUCAGCUAUUGCCUCUUCCUCAUAUGUUACAGAACUCGUCCGUGGUAUGUCACUCGAUGAAGCUGGUAAGAUUAAGAAUACAACAAUUGCAAAGGAACUCUCUCUGCCUCCUGUCAAGCUGCACUGCUCCAUGCUUGCUGAAGACGCUAUUAAGUCAGCAAUUAAGGAUUACAAGAAAAAGAACAACAGAACCACACCUACACUUGGCCCUGAUGCUUCUCAAGCUGCCCACUCGGCUUAA